CCUGCUGUCUCACGGGCAAAUUGGCAUUUGUCCCAGAGCCAUUAGUACAAAAUUAUUUCCUCCUACCUGUCAGUUGCCUAGAAAGCAGACUAGUGACUAGCUGGGCAGGAAUCGGAAGGGUCCUCCUAUCAGCAGUUUCCUGCAGAUCUUCCGCAUUCUCUGUGUCUGAGGAUCUACCAAGUUCCUGCAGUCGUGAUGGUCACCUUUGGUUCACCAAUGCUCCUUUCCCAGUUGCUGCCCCUGGAGCCUGAGUCCACGCUGGCCGAAGAGGACACAAAGGAGGGGUCUGGCUUCGGCCCUCGGUUGCUCUCCUCCACCCUCCCCUUCCUCCCAUCGGGGGCUAGAGCUGCCCGUCCCUCUCUCUGGCGCAAGACCCUCACGAAUCGCAAGUGGGCACUGCCUGGAGAUUGGGCCUGGAAGGCCAUGCCCAGGGGCUGCUUUGGGCUGAAACUGGACCGGAUUGGAACCUUCAGUGGUUUGGGGUGUUAGCCUUGGAGGGGGCUCCAAGCCAGAGGAGACCCAGGCGCCUGCAGCACCGGCUUGGGAACCAGCACGGUGUGCUGGCAGCCGACACCGUGAAGCUCCUGCCCUGAAGGAGAGUGGCGGCGGCAGGGAAGCAGCACGGCAGUACGAAGAGGAGCUGCCCAGCUCCAUGGCUGCCCCUCAGCUGUAGGACUCCCACUCUGCUGGCAGCCCCCUCCCUCCUCUCCGUGCUCGAGGACUCACUUGCUAAUUAAACAGAGCUGUACUAAUCACCACAUCCAAGUUCGGUGGCAGCCCCUCGGUGAGAGGCUGUGGCUGCCCUCAGGCCGGGGGGCCGUGUGGGGGUGAGGGGCUGGCAGUGGGGGCAGGCUGGGAGAUAGCAGCAGAGCCAGCCGCCCCCUGGCCCCCACACGCGGGGCCAUGUUGGGUGCACGCCGCCAUUCUGAGUGGGCUGGGCAGCACGCGCGGUUGCAGCGCGGCACUGCCGGGGCCGUGGCGGCAGAAGGGGGGGGUGGUGAAAGCUGUGCACGCCAUUCCCCGGGGGCGCCGGCGGCAGAGAGCCCCGAGAAAGGAGCCCCUCUCCGGCCAUCCACGGGGGCACUUCCCGCCUCCCCAGGCAGGGGCCCAGCCGUCCUUCCCCGCCCUGAGGACACCUCCCCGCCGUAGGGCGAGGACGCUGCUUCCUCCGAGACCGGGGCAUCUCUCACCACGAUCACCCCCACCCCGCCGCCCAGGGGUGGCUCGGAGGGAAGGUGCAGCGCGCACCCCCGGCCCCGCGGGGACCGUUGCGGACUCUCCCGCUCCCGGCGUGGGGCCUUUGUUACCGGCGGGGGGGUGGGGGAUGGGGGUGGUAGCGGUGGUGUCGGUAGGUGCUGGGGGGUUGGGACGACACACCGAGACAGCCGCACCCG